AUGAGGAUCAACGGGUCGAGCCUCAACACAAGCUCCUGCCCCUCCCUCCUUGCACGAGUUCAAGUCAGCUACACGCCUGCCUGCCGCCCCUGGCCCGAAGGGAGCUAUGCCGGCGUGAAUUCCUCAUCCUGCCAAGCCUGUCCUGCCCCAUCUACCUCCCCCGUCGGCAGCAUUGCGCAAGACAACUGUACCUGCCAGGCAGGAUACACGGGCAAAAACAUCAGCGACUGCCAGGGUUGCCCGGCAGGACAGUUCAAGGGCUUGAUGGGCUUCCAGGCCUGUGAUGACUGCCCCGUGGGAACCUACUCGCUGCUGGAGGGCAGCUCGGCAUGUACCAACUGCCUGGUGGGGAUGACGUCGGUGGGAGCCACCAGCAGCUGCAUCUGUGCUGGGGGUUACGUGUUUGAAGCUGCCUUCCGAUGCUUUCCUUGUCCAGCAGGCUCGUUCAAGAACGUGACGGGCAAUGGAACCUGCCGCUCGGUCUGCGGGGACGGGACUUACGCCUCCAGCAACGGGACGGUCCGAUCGUCUGUCCCUCCUGCCCCAAGGGAUCGUACCGAGAGAAACCCCCCCAACUACACGGAGACGGACGCAGUGAACUGUCAGGACUGCUUCCCCCACAGCUCGACGGCUGCACCUGGCAUGACGGCCUGUGCGCAAUGUAACCCCGGUUACUUCUCCCACAUUGCGAGCUCGGAGUGCACGGUCGACGUGGUGGACGUGCUGGCGGAAGUCUUCACCUCGGGGGACGUGGACGCCUUCACGCUCGACCUCCAGGGCAACCUGACGGAGACCUUCGACCGCCAGCAGUUCCUGCGCGACUUCAACGCGUCUCAUGUCUUCAACAUCGUCUUCACCGAGCAGUGCGGAGCAGGCAGGCAGAGGAAUACGACGGGCGGCUGCGAGGCUUGUCCUGUCGGCACCUUCAAGAACGCCUCCGACGACUCCCACUCGUCUCUCAAGUCCUCUAUGGUGCUGAACACGGUUCUCUGUGGAGUAUAA